UUAGUGUUUCAGUCACAUGUAUAUCCAUCGUAUGAAUAGAAAUAAGGAAAUUCUGUAUUUCAGAACGGAUGAAGAACAUUCACCAGGAUAAAUAAAAUUAUCAUCAUAAAUGGCUGGAUUAAAAUACACAAUAACAUUCAUUACUGUUAUCUGUUGGGGGUCAGUCGUAUCCAUAAAUACCAAUUGGAGAAACGCGAUGGAGAUCUGUAUAUUAGGACAUCAACAGCCUUCAUCUGAGGACAAUGCUACAAAGAAUGGUUCUUGGGUGGGCAAAGUGAAAUAUUCGCUCCCUUGGGGUACCGGGAUUUUGCAGAUACAGACGGUCAACAAAAAUAAUACAUGUUCAGAUUGUGAUGCCCAGGGAAAUCAGUGCGAAUUUUGUAAUCAUCGUAUCCAGCUAAAUGGUAGUGUUGCAAUCCUUGAAGUUCUAAGAAAUUUGAAGUCCGGAAGACAUUAUAUACUUGCAGAGUUUGGAAAACAAUCUUUAAGUGGACUACCUCCACCCACACAGUGUAUGGUACACAGAGGCGCUUCACAUACCGAAUAUGUCUCUUGCAAUGAAAAGUAUGAAGAUGGAUGUAAGACAUCGGGUGAAAAUUCCAGUAUUUAUAUCACCUUUUGUUUUGAUAUGUAUCGUAAUGGUACGACACAAGCAUACACGGAUUGUGUGGAAUAUGACCCUCAAGAAAGCAAUGGUGCUGGAAACGAUAAAGCACUGGAAGAAUGGUUGGCUUCCCGAAGGGUCUACUUGGAAUUCAUCGUAUAGAAGUCUGACACUGGA